GAGAGGACAGGGUCAAAGAGCCACCCUCCAAUCGGGUGCUUCCCAAGGAUUACGUCAUCAUAACUCGAUCCAAUUAGGAUUCGCUGGUCUCCGAUUCAAACUCAAUCGAAGAGGCUGUGUAGCGUGUGUGUCUGCCGGUCUCCGUGGAAACGGGCCGGUGAGUGUUGUUUUAUCGUGGCGGCCGAUGGAACCUCGACUGGUGGGUCCUGGGCCCUACCGCGCCACCCGGCUGUGGAAUGAGACUAUUGAGCUCUUUCGAGAUGGAAUGCCUUUACGGAAGCAUCGCUGUCACUUCAAAAGCUACGAGCGCUGCUUCACGGCUUCAGAGGCAGUAGACUGGCUACACAGGCUACUAAGGCACAAUCAGAAUUUUAGCCCAGAAGUUACCCGUACACAAGCAGUUCAGCUCCUUAAAAAGUUCCUGAAGAAUCACAUUAUUGAAGAUAUCAAAGGAAAAUGGGGCAAGGAGGAUUUUGAGGACAAUGGUCACUUAUAUAGAUUUCCUCCUUUCUCACCGUUGAAGCCUUAUCCCAAACGAUCACCUUACCGAAAAGAAGUUGUUAAAUUCCCAAACUGGUAUGAUCUUGAAAGAGAUACUUUCCAAGAACACAUCCCUGUGAAGCCGAUUGUGUUGAAUUCUGAAACGUGGUUCAAACGUCACAGUAUAGCAAUUGUACCAACAUGCAAACUUGUACACCGCCAACAACUGACAGAGGCAAAUCUAGAAGAGAUAUGGAGAUCUAUGACUCUAUCACAUUUGCAAAGAACUUUAGGCUUGGAUUCUCUGAAUGACAUAUUGGACACCAAACUUGUGAAUCCAAAGAAUAUAAUUCAGAAUGUGUAUAAUGUCAACAAGCAGGGGGUUGUCAUUCUAGAAGAUAAGUCAAAGGAGCUGCCUCACUGGGUGCUGUCGGCAAUGAAGUGCUUGGCAAACUGGCCCAGGUGUCCAGAUUUGAAACAGCCUACUUACUCGGGAUUUGAAAGAGAUGUCUUCAGAACCAUAACAGAUUACUAUGACCACAUGAAGGAGCCUCUUCUCACUUUCCAGUUUUUUGAUCUCUUUGUUAGUGUACUAGGUCUCCUACAGAAAGAGAAACUGGCCGUUGAAGCAUUGCAAAUAUGCUGUCUUCUUCUGCCACCGGCAAAUCGCCGAAAGCUACAGCUGCUAAUGACUCUGUUGGCCAGGAUCAGCUCAAAUAAGGAUCUGCCGCUUCUCUCUGAUGCAGUUGGGACAAGAACGCUGAUGGUUCAAGCCUUUUCUCGUUGUAUUCUUUGCUCCAAGGAUGAUGUGGACUUGGAUGAACUUCUGGCUGCUAAACUGGUGUCAUUCUUGAUGGACAAUUAUCAACAGAUCCUAAACAUACCUUCUGCCCUGAAAGUUGCAAUAGAGGAACACAUAGCACAUCUCCAGAGGGUCCAGAUAAAAUAUCCAGGAGCUGAUACUGAUGCAACUUUGCUUGCGCCGUCGUUUUGCCAUCAGAUCAGCACUUAUGAGUUUGAACACCAAAGAACAAAUGGCUGUCAAGAACCACUGGCAGGUUUGUUGGAAGAAAUUGCGACAAAUAGAGAGAUGUCUGUCAAAGAGAAGAAGAAAAAGUUGAAACUGUUUCAGAAAUCCUAUCCUGAAGUAUACAAGGAGAGAUUUCCUACUCCUGAAAGUGAAGCAGUACUGUUUCCAGAAAAAAGCAAACAGAAACCAAUGCUGUUGGUGUGGGCAUUUAAAAAGCCUUUCCAGCCAUUUCAGAGAACAAGAAGCUUUCGGAUGUAAGGCUCUGAAUGAACUGCAUCUCAGAUUUGUGAACCUGGUACAGCUGGAAUGUCAUUAUGUACUGAAAGCAUUGCUUAACAAGGAAAAAGAAUGUUGGGGCAGCAAAAUGCUGUGCUGAGCCAUUAUCAGUAUUUUUGUAAAUCUCCUGGGCUGGAUCCAGACUUAACUAUGCUUAGAAUAAAUCCUUUGAAAUCAUGACUAACUUAAGCCCCAUUGAUUACAGUAGGCCUAUUCCAAGGAUGACGAAGUCUGGCCCCUUUGUAUCUUUCUUUGUUUCUUUCUUUCUUUCUUUUUUAGAAAAGGCAAGGUUGGCUAGCAAUGAGCUGAUUUAAUGACAUGAACAAGACUUUUGAUCCUGCAUACAGACUUUUACUCCUCCUUUCACAAGAGAGAUAACUAAACAGGAACUCUAAUUAACCAUAGUUUCCCAUUUCAUCUGAACUGGAGAACUGUAGUUACCAGUUUUGGAAAACACCAAGAGUUUAAAGUUGUCCAAAGAUCCUGGCUUGUUUUAUCUAUGGUUAAUUAGAGACUUCCUGCUUUAAUUGCAUAAAGGGAGGAGUCAAGGGGUUGCAUGCAUGGGCAAAAUUCUCAUUUUUUAUCUUCACUCAUUAAUUAUGAGCAUUCAAACUUGGUCAGUGUGUAUAAAUAACUGCUUAGAGUGAGCUAGUUCACACAUGACAUUAAGUCAAACCAUGGCUUAGUGUGAAUGAACACAUAAGCAUGAGGGAGAGGAAAUGUUGACCUCUGCAUUCCUCCCCUGGUCCUCCUGCUGCUACAGUGUUCUAAGCUAAGCCAUGGUUUGGCUUAGCAUGUUAUCAGAACCCAGGUUCAUGGUUUGUCUCCUCUAGAAUACGCAAGCAUGAGGGUUUACGGAGAGUAAAUUUUGGUUGCUGUACUUCUCCCCUGGUUCUCCUGCUGCCACAGUGUUCUAAGCUAAGUUAUGAUUUGGCUUAGCAUGUCAUCCAAAUCCAGGUUCAUGGUUUGUCUCCUGUAGGCAAACCAUGAGCUAUAAACCUAAGAACAAACCUUGGUUGUAGCUUGUGAUUGUCUCAAGCACAAUGACAGCCAUCUCUCUGGGAACCCUCACUCACAUGUUUUGUGCUAAGCCAUAGUUUUGCUUAGUGUUACAAGUGAACCAAACCAUUGUCAUUUCAAGAUUUGGAAAGUCUUAAAAGAAGGGUAAACUACUGUAUACAUAGGAGCUGUUGAAUUUCUGAAGGGUGUAAAAUGCUGUAUUUACUUGAAUGCACCUGAAAACACUGGAUCUUGUUCUACUGGCUAGCUGUAGAUCAGAUAGUUAAACUUUGUACUACUGAUGUCAAUAAUGGGCAGAAAACUUACGUUCUCGGUCACAUGCAUGAACAAGAACACUAAUUUCAGAAAGGGACCUUGAAGUGCAAGAUCAAUCCUUCAGUUGCUCUACAUGUGAUCUUGGUUAUUCAGAGCCAGACCAACCAUCGAGAAGUAUUUUGGUCUAUGAAUUACACAGUCUUAUGCUUGCACAAGUAUGUAUGCGGACUGUUUCUUUGUCACAGUCUGGAACAUUUCCCUCCUUUGCUUUGCAUAGCUUUUGUCUAAUGAAUAACUGUGCAUUCUCUCUCAUGCAUGUAGGGCUUGUACGGUGUUAUCUUUGGCGAGAAGCUGAAUGCCCACUUGAAACAAUCUAUUGCCACAGGUUUACCUUUGCUACAGAGGUAGCCUUCUAGUUUGUAGUUUUUGGUGCAGAGAACCAAACAAAACACUCAGCAGGGAACUGAGCAGUAGAACCCAAAUGUGCCGCUUUUCCACGCUCCCCCCCUCCCAAGCAGACCUCCAUUGCUAUUGAGAAUUAUGUGCAUACCUUGAUCGAUCACUGUUAUAGGCUCCUUUCAGUUUGUACUCUGAAUAUAACUGAAGACAAGAUGUACAGUUAUUUUUUGUUUUUACAUUUUUAUCUUGUUCCUACCUCUCCAAGGAGCUCGGGCCCAUAAAUAUGUCAUCCUCCAUUUUAUCAUCAGAACAACCCUGUGAAGUAGGUUAGGCUGAGAGAGACCAGCUGGCCCAAGGUCACCCAGUGAGCUUCAUGGUUGAGCACUAAUUUGAACCUAAAUCUUCUAGCUCUCUCCUGGACCCUCUAACUGUGUGUGUGGUGUGUGUGUGUGUCCAUACUGUAAAUCUACAUUUUUGAAUGUAUCCAAAUCUGCACUUCUAUAUCAUUUCAAGCAAUAAAUCUUCCAUGGUUUUAA